CUCUGGACUGUAACGUCCGAAACACGCAGAAGACACCGAGCGCUGCGCGUUUACGCGUUCACGUCUCGGUACGCGGGCGCGGGGCGGGAGCAGGGGCGAGGCUCCGCGGCCGGUUCGCUGAUCACUGCCCGGUUCCCCCCCCCAGCAGCUCCGUCGAAGCCCCCCUCCCGACGCCGCUAGCCGGAGAGCCACCAUGCGAAUGCACACACGGCAGCUUACUUUCCGCAGUGGUUCCUUGAUGAUACACGUAUUUUAAAAACAAGCGAGUCUCCACGACGCGGCGAGAAAGGAAAAAACACGGGAGCAAAUCGAUCGAACCGAACCGUUAACCGAACGCUGCAGAGAUGCCUGAGGUGCGGGACCUUUCCGAGGCGUUGCCAGAGAUGCCCAUGGACCCCAUCACCGGAGUCGGGGUCGUAGCCUCCAGGAACAGGGCACCCACUGGAUAUGAUGUGGUCGCUACAACAACAGACGGCCUGGAUGCUGAUCUAUGGAAAGAUGGCCUUUUCAAGUCCAAGGUGACCCGCUACCUCUGCUUCACGAGGGCCUUUUCCAAAGAGAAUAGCCAUUUAGGAAAUGUUCUUGUAGACAUGAAGCUGAUCGACAUCAAGGACACUCUUCCCGUGGGUUUCAUCCCGAUCCAGGAGACCGUCGACACGCAGGAGCAGGCCUUCCGAAAGAGGCGACUCUGCAUCAAGUUCAUUCCCCGGGACUCCACCGAGGCAGCGAUAUGUGACAUCCGCAUCCUGGGACGCACCAAGCAGGCCCCCCCUCAGUACACCUUCAUAGGCGAGCUCAACAACAUGGGGAUCUGGUACCGCAUGGGGAACGUUCAUCGGGCCCAGGACUCCACGCACCCCCCCGCCACCAACAACACCCACGCUGUGAACUCCAGCUGUGCCCCGGUCCCAGCGGCCCCCAUGCCCAAACACAUUUCCAUGACCCUCCCAGCCAGCUUCAGAGGGAAGAACAGCACCAGACCGGACUACGAGCACCAGAACUCCAACCUGUACGCCAUCUCAGCCAUGGACGGGGUGCCUUUCAUGAUCUCUGACAAGUUCGCCUGUGCCUCAUCCGAUCUGCAGCAGGUGGAUCUGAUGGGCAUCACAAUCAAGUCUUUGGCUGAGAUUGAGAAGGAGUAUGAUUACAGUUUCCGCACAGAGCACAGUGCAGCAGCCCGCCUGCCCCCCAGUCCCACCAGGACGUCCCUGAGCUCUGAGGCCUGAGGAUCCACCUGUACACCACUACUGAGGCGCUGCCCCCAACAUACGGUCCCCGGGGAGAAAACCCACAACCUCACAUAAUACUUUCCCCAACCUUUGGAAGAUGUUACUGUCUGUGUGUUCUGUUGGAUGCUGAAGGAGGUGAUGGAGAAAGAACACCGGGGGGCUCCGGCUGAAACCACUACGCAACAACUGAUGCGCAGGAGAAAAAAAGGAACUUUCUUUCUCAAGAACAAUGAGAGGAAUCUCACUCGUGUGGUUUCAUAAUCACUUGACUUUUCUCAGAACAUCGUGUUGUUUCCUACGUUACAAAUAACCGUGUUAUCCUGAAGGACGUGUUCCAAACAAGAUAAACAGACUCUUCACGCUGUGAAGUGGAUCAUCACGAGCACCAUGAGGGCCAGUAGUCCACACUCGCGUGUUGGGAAUACAAAAGGAAAUGUCAUGUUGUCCCAGCAUGCACUGGGAGCGAUGUUACCGUUAAUAUGUGUGUGUUUGUGCUUCACAGAUGUUCUGUUAAGCACCUCCAGUCCCUGCACGUAUAGAACCACUGUUACUGUUACGCUGCUGGGCCUCCCUCACGUCCUGUACAACCCUUACUUGUGGCUUCGCUGCCUUCUUUUCAGGGCUGGGUAUUAUUCCAGUUUUGGUACCAACACCAUACUGUUAAAAACCGAUUUAUUUUGAAUGAAUGAAUAUGUUUUUUAUGCAUAUGAAAAAGGUCAUGGAAGGAGGAACCGCUCGUUUGAUCUUGAACGCUCCCCUUCGAGUAUUUAAAUGUUUGGCAAAGCACAGUCCGGCUCAGUCACUCACGGCUGUUGACGUCCAAUGAGAGACUCUUAUGUAAUCAGGGUUCUAUGAACUCUGUCCUCGCUUCUUUAACGCCACACCAUUUACAGUCGGCUCCCCAUGUCGGGUGUCUGCUACGCUCAAAACGUUGGGAGAAAAUAAAUAUAUAUUUGCUUGUAUUUCGUUAAGUUCCUUCCCUCCUGUCACCGGCGCUCCUUCCUCUGUGCCACUGACUCGUGGAUACCCAGCCCUACUGUCUCUACCCCCCCCCCCCCUCCAGGGGAAACACUGUCAGCACUGCUGCCGUGGUUUGCACUGUCCUGCAUGCUGCAAGCCGCGUGAAGGCAAUGCUCUGUAUUCUGCACUGAGCGCCUUUACAGUGAAACUGUUACUAAUUGCAAAGUCCAGUUAAAGUGCUCUUUUUUUUUUUUGUUUUUGAGGAAAGUGGUUACACAUUGGAAGCCUCUGCCUGCCGUGCAUAUUCUUCCUCCAACUAAGCUACGUCUUCAACUAAGCUACGUCUUUAAUUCAACUUGUUUUGUUGCUUUUAGCUGGUUUGUUUGUUUUUAGAGGUCCGAUAACUUGAUUCAGCAGUUUUAUUAUAUUUAGGCCACGGUCCUCCGUCACAAAGUAAGAGGUCUCGCCCAGGAGGCGUAGUGGCACGAUAAUCACAGCAACAACAAGUCUUUGAUCUGCAGCCAGUGGAACUCGCCUCCUCCUGCAGACGGGUGAAGCGAACAGACCACCAGUAGGUCAGAGGUCAUCGUCCCCUUCAUUCCCUGCUAGACCCUUUAUGGGCCAGGUUACAUUCACUGCAAAUAGAUGUGUGUGUGUGUUCCAGUGCUCCUUUAUGUCAAUGCAGUAUUGUGUUCAAUAGUUUUAAGAAUUUCUGUGAUCUUGUUUUACUUUAUUUCACUCCAUUUGUUUAAAGUGUCUCUGCAAUGUUACCGAGUCAUAAAUGCAUGGAUGAACUCCUUUUUUUAUUUUCUAUUUUUGUGUAAUUUAUUGUCUCAGUAUUGUGAGCACGUUCUCCUAAAGGCUCACAGGACGCUGACGUGCAGUGUUGUCGUUUGCAUGGGUUCACGUCCCCAUGAAAGUGUAUCCGCCUGCUGCACAUAUCAUUUCUCAGCUGAACCAUUUAACAGCUAAGCAACAUUGUGUCUGCAUUAACAAUUAACAGUGCUUUAAAAUGUCCGUUUGCAUGUACAGUGUCAGAGGUUUCAAUAGGACCAUUAUUUUUGUAGAUUAGUGAUCAAAAGUUACAGAUUGUCUCUGAUUUCAUCCACUAAAGAAAGAAACAGCAUCAGUUGAAUUUGUAUUGAUGAGGUUUUAUUAAACUAUUAUUAACUGGAGUCCUGGUGUCACUCAACCGCAAGCCCGAUCACUACAUUGAAUUGAUUAUAUACAGUUCUGUGACAAAGUAUCUGCCCCCUUCCUGGUUUCUUUUCUCUUUGCACGUGUGUCAUACGUACAAAUUUCAUAUUGUCAAACUGAUUUUUAGACAAGAUAACCCAAUUGAAUACACAAUGCGGUUUUAAAUGAUUUAAUAAAAGGGAUCUUUCCAAACCUA